CCCUAUCAGUAUAGAACACAGCCCACACUUUGUAGACUCAAGUGAAUAAUUUUUCGAAAUUUGUAUUUUUUAAGAACAAUUGUUGCAACGAACAUAAAACACUUGUAUUACAUAGUUUACAAAGGACUUAGUAAACUAAAUGCAUAGAUAAGCAAUUGCCCGCAAAAGGAACAUAGAUACAAUUAGCAAACCACAAAAUGCCGCCCAUUUCAAAACGAAGUCUACGGAAAAAGUCCAAUGCAGUUCAAGAAACUCCAGCCGAAAUCAAAAAGACGAGUACGCUUUCGAAUAUAAUAAUUCAAGGCACUGAACAGUUGCUUUUGGACUCGGAAAAUAAUCCAAAUAUUCAAAUUAUUGAAAAACCCAGACAAAUGCGGUAUUCACAUUCAUCCAUUUGCAGUGCGGAACCGGAUUUGCAGCGCCAUUCCAAACCGGAAAUCGAUAAUGUGGCAAGUAAUAGCCACGCACGCGGAAAGUUUAAUUCAAUCAAAAAUAAACAGACAUCAAUCGAGGUUAUUUCUGAGAUUAGUGAUAUGUCCAUUGCUUCAGUGUCGGUGAGGAACCAGCCGUUUGUGAACUUCCUCCAGGAUUACAGCAUGGCUCAUGGUUCCGUUCCCCGAGAAAGUAUUCAAGAGGCCAUCGCCGAAUGGGAUGAAAUGACAGCCAAGCAAAGGGAGGAGUUCAGUCCUGAAAACUACGUUCUAAAAUUAUGUAAUCAAGUGCAGAAUCGUGAUGAAAUUUUAAAUGCGGUUGCCCUGCAUCCGGUUUAUGAAACUACAAAAAAAGUUCGAAAUGGAUUUACUAAAGCCAGCAAGGUCAAGAGAUUGUCUCCAAAGCUACGUAAGUCGACAAGACCACGAGGUGUGGUGAGUCCCAGAAGAUCAAUCAGAAAGUCAGCCAAAAAGGAUGUGACUCCAAUGGUAUCUGUGCGUCUAACAAAUAGUGCUUCGGCUUACAAAAACUUUCUGCGCAAAAUCCGUCAAGCAAAUCCUGGUCUGAUGUCCGUGGAAAAGACCUCCCUAUGGCGCAAAAUGACUCCUGCCGAAAAGGAUCUUUAUAGAGUAGUCAAGCCAAGCCGAGAGAAAUCCAAAGUCAAGAAAACCAAGUCAAGAGCUCAAGCUCCCAAGCGCGUAAGGAAGCAAAGAGCCUCACGAUCCACCCAGAUGCCUGAAAAUGCUUUUAAUUACUCGGAAAGCAGUUUUAAUAUUCUGCGAGAUGGCCAACUACAAGUUUGGAACGAAAGCAACACUUCGCUACUAGAUAAUAGCCGUUCCUACAUAGCAAGAGCCUUUGAUAAACUCAAGAAUAUGUUUAUUUAACCAUUUGUUGUCCUAAUUUUAUACAAAGCAUUUGUGAUUGCUAUAAAAAGAACUGCUCGUAAGAACGCAGCAAAACACCAAA